UAAUAUGCACUCGGAAUAGGUAAGCACAGAGGCAAGCAUUGCCGUUUCAUUCGCCCGUUCCGAUCUUGCCGGCAUUCGUGUUUCAUCGUGUCGCAGUGUCAUCGUCGCUGUUACUGUAUAGUCGUCUACUAGGCGUCUGCAUAUACUACGGUGUAGCCAGCGUCUCUUUGUACAUCCGGACAUUAGGAACUAUCGCAUGAUGCGUAGAAGCACAGCCAGCAUGGGAAAGGCUUUCAGCAAGCAGCACAAGCUCACAGACGACGAGCUGGUCUUUCUGAAGAACAAUACGAGUUUCACGGAGGAGCAGAUUCGCGAAUGGCACCGCGGCUUCCACCAAGACUGCCCCAGUGGCCAACUCUCUAGGAAAAAAUUUAUCGAGGUGUACAAGCAGUUCUUCCCGACGGGUAAAGCCGAGACGUUUUGCGACCACGUCUUCCGGACCUUCGACCAGGACAACUCCGGCUACAUCGACUUCAAGGAGUUUCUGCUCGCGAUCAACGUGACCUCUAGCGGCACACCUGAGCAGAAGCUCAACUGGGCGUUCAAGAUGUACGACAUUGACAACAGCGGCACUAUUGAACUGAGCGAGAUGACGAAGAUUAUCCAGGCGAUAUACGAGAUGCUGGGUGCCGACGCCAACCAAAUGCAGGACACACCCGAGGAUCGCGCCAAGAGAAUCUUCCAGAAGAUGGACGAGAACAAGGAUGGCGCGCUGACGCAGGACGAGUUCAUACAUGGAUGCAAGAGCGACGAAGAUCUAUACAAAAUUCUCACGGGCAGUUAGAGAGGGUUGCCACGGCGAACCACCAAAAUAAUAAUUUUUUGUACAGUCACAGUACGCGCUCGGGGAGGGAAGCUCACGCGAGGGAGGAUGAGGAGGAAUGAAUCGUGUAGCGCCGAUGCUCAAACUAGAGCGGCUCCCGGAAGCGUGGGGGUAUUUUUCUUCUAUCUCCGAUUGUCUGGUUACAGUUAUAUGGUACUGCUAUGGUCGUGAAUAAACUGACUCACGUUCAUGUGAUUCAUUGUGUUCUGCGCGAAUGUGAACGGGCGAUGACCUCAACGAAAGCGAAACCCAUUUCAUAAAAAAACGGCGUUUGAAUGGGGAAAACAUUUCGUCAUGAACUUGAUAGCGUUCCGCUAUUAUUUAAACAGAAACGUAAAGCACAUGGAAAUCAAUUUUGCGCGCGCGCGCGCGCACGCGUGCAUGCAUGCAGUUACAGAAAUUUUGCGAAUGCCAAUCUUCCGUAUUGAAUAGACUCAUCGCGAUCACCUUUCUAUUCCUGAUCAUAUAACAUAAUCCCCAAGCUCGUGCUCAACGGCACGAGUGACGAAAACACGUAUCUGUUGCUCAAGAGUACAAUAUAGUACACAUUUUCUGCUGAUGUAGCUACAGUCGAAGGCGUAUAUGGGAAGCAGUCAAGGGGAAACAGCCAAAGUUUCCAUUUUAGAAUACGUGUUCAUUCUAUAGAGGUCGGUUGACUUGAAAACCGCUCCCCAAGGGGAACAUCAAAAACAUUACAUGCUAGGUAUAUCCGUUCUAUACAGGUGACAGAGGCGCUAACAAAGAGUUGAGUGCACAAAUAUACAAUCGGGAGUGAAUCUUCUUCUUCUUCUUCUUUCUUGGCAUUAUUAGUCCCACUCAAGUGCGGUCGCUUAAAUAUUUGUCAUUAUUCGCCCCUGAUACAAUGGUAGGCGACCAUCGUUGCUAUAUAUAGCAAGACUAGAUAUGACGUGAGGCUGCGUGGAGAAGCCCCAGGCUCUAAUCCGACAGGUUUCAUCAGGGCGAGAUAUAUGUGCCUCUUGCGGGGAAUUGUCGUAUAGAGCUCAAUAGCAAUCCCACUCCUAAUCCGCAUUACACAGAAAUAGACGAGACAAGAGUAAGUCGUGGAAUGUCUAUUGUUGGUAUUACGGACUGACUGCAGACAUAUGAGGGAAUCUGUCGCGGCUGACAGGUCAAGGAAAAGCUACGAGGAAAGAACGCCGUUGAUGCGCUGUCGGUGAUACUGGCCAGGGCUGUAGGCUGAGCAAAUUCCUAUAGGGGAAGGCAACAUUUCAUGAUUCAACUGUGUAAUGAUGAGCGACGGGUGCAGCUCUUGAAUGACGUCGACGUCCAUAGUGUAGUAGGGAUGGGUCUGAGACAAGGCUUUCACGGAUAAGUGACAAAAAAAUCACGUUAGGGCUCUUAAAGAUUAUUAGCUAAGCUCAUUUUUAAAUUUUGCUCCAAAAUCUAGUGGGGCACCCUUGCCCCCCGUGAGGCUAUGGCCCUGCUGGUCACGGGAACUUGGAACGUUUAAAUAAUAAAAUGAUGGUAAAUAAACACGAAAUGUAUUUA